AUGUCAUAUUUGCCUGAACCUGAGGAUCACAUGGAGCUUAUUAAUUGCAUUCAAGGAGGUGCCGCUUUCAACGACUCCGUGGCUUCUUGCAUCAGUGAUGGAGCACUGAAAAACAGGGCUACCACAGAUCAAGUAGUUAGAUGUGCUCAAUCCGAUUCAGGCCGUAGCCUUAUGGCUCAUCAUGGCCGCAUCCAAAACAGUAGGGAACCGAGAGUAACGUGGGUCCCAUGGAUUCUGAUCGACAGUGUUCGGGAAAAAGAAGCUGAACGGUCACUUCAAAAGGUGCUUUGCAAGCGCUACUUCAGGCCUCCACCACCGGAAUGCGCCGUGUUUGGAUCGACAUCAUCUGAGCAAUUGUAA